ACUACAAAAAUCAUAAGACAAAGUUCAAAGCUUUUGAAAUUGUCUUCAUUCAUCAUACAUACUACACUACUAGAGAUACCAUACCAAAUAUGCUUAAGUAGAGAAAAAUCCAGAGAGAAAAACCCUUAAUCAUAUACACAAUAGUCCACAAUAACAUGUUUAAUACUAAUAGCAACCAUUUUCUGAUAGUAAUUAUGGUUCUUUCACUAGUCUUAAACACUCAAGGGCAAGAAAAUAGAGAAACACAGAACAUGGCAGAGUUACCAAAAGGUGUUACUCCAAGUAAAGGUGUUGUAAUAAUAGUACUUUCCAUAAUGUUUUUCCUAACUUUUAUCUUACUUGUAUAUGUCAAAUUCUGUCGUGUUACUCCUAUUCAUCUUCUAAACCCAAACUCUCUUAAUCUUCAAAACAAUCUAGGACAAACUCGAUCGAGGUCUAUAAAUUCUGGCGUUGAACAAAAAGUAAUUGAAACACUUCCUUUCUUCAAAUUCUCUUCUUUAAAAGGAUCCAAACAAGGCUUAGAAUGUACCGUUUGUUUAUCGAAAUUUGAAGACGAGGAGAUUCUGAGAUUGUUGCCGAAAUGCAAGCAUGCUUUUCAUAUGAAUUGUAUUGACAAGUGGCUUGAAAGUCACUCUACUUGUCCUCUUUGCAGGUAUAUGGUUGAAGAAAGUGACAUCAGAAACUUCACCUUUUCAUUCAGCUCAAGAUUCUUAAGAGUCCCUUCAAAUUUAAGUGAAGAUCCAAAUCUUGAAAUCUUUAUUCAGAGACAACCAUCACAAAGAAAGAACAAAAAAGAAGAACAAGAACAUGAACAUGAACUUGUUCUUCUUGAUCAUGAAGAAGGUGGAAGCAGCAAUGUUACAAAGUGGAAGCAAGAACAAACUUUGCAUAUGAUUAAUCAUAAAAUAUUGAUCUCUGAUGUUGUUACAAGGAGUAGGUGGAGUGAUCUUAAUUCUUCAGAUUUGUUAUCAUUGAAUAGUGAAAUGCUUCAUGAUAUGUCAAGCACUAGAUUCUCUCCUGAAUUUCAUGGAAUUUCAAGUGUUCAUUCUGAUGAAGAAGAAAAUUCGUUUACGGCAUUGAAUCCUGGUGAGAAGAGGAGUAUGUCUGAGAUAGCAAAUGUUCCAAGGUUUGUCGAAAUCAGUAGAAGUGGGGAGAAUGGAAGUGAUGAGAGGUUGUGGAGGAUUUGGAUGCCAAUUGCAAGGAGAACAGUUCAAUGGUUUGCAAGACAAGAAACAAACUCUGUUCAAUUACAACAACAACAUAAACAUUUAGUUUCAAACGUUUGAUCAUUGUGUACAUUUUGAUUCAUUGUCGGUUUAAUCAGAUAAAAUAUACUUACCAGAGGAUUACAAUCUUAUAAUAUAGCAUGCAAAUGUGUGGUUUAUGAAUAUGUAGAAGUAAAGGUAUAAUGUAUCAUUCAUUUUGUUCUUCUAAGUUGAUUAGGAACACUUUAUGUGGAA